AACGAGCGCACAUAAUCUACGUCACACUCCAUCAUGGCAGCUUGCAUAUUGUAAAUAUAUGUAAUGGAAGCUUAACGCAGAUUCCUGCCGAGAAAGCAUCGUAUGUUUGGUCUUUGCAGCAACCUUUUGGCUGAUUUCUGUACUUCCAUAAAAUUUUAUAUAUCUAGAUUGUUAGUUGGCAAGCAUGAACUCAGAUGUGGAAGAGCUGAUGCCCAAACUUCUCCCGGUAGACCCAUGUGAUCCUGAAGAUGUUGAUCUCAGCGAACCUCCGAGGACCCCUCAGGAAUAUUUAAGACAAGUCCAAUUGGAAGCGUCCCUUUGCCCAGAUGUGGUUGUGGCGCAGAUAGAUCCCAAGAAAAUAAAAAAGAAGCAGACUGUGAACAUUUCUUUUACAGGAUGUCAGGCAGCUCCUGUGGGGUUCUCACCGAGUUUUAGAUGGCAGCAGCAGCAAGUUAGCAACUUUUCCGCAAUUAGACAGAGUAUUAAUAAACACAGAGCACAUUGGAAGGCCCAGUCCUUGGAUAACAAUGUGAUAAUGCCAGAAUUAGAGGAUGAAGAGGGAUGGAAGAAAUUCUGCUUGGGGGAAGACAUUUGUUGUAACACAUCACCGACAGCUGCAGGCAGUGAGCAUCCGGGCCUGGAUUACACUAAGAUUGGGUUCCCUCCAUUUCUGAGCAUUGUUAGCAGGCUGAAUCAGGCCACUGUUUCUGCAGUGCUGGAGUACCUGAUAAACUGGUGUGAGGAAAAGGAGUUUGUCCCACAGUUGGGAAGGUGGCUGUAUGCACUGUUAGGCUGCCUGGAGAAGCCCCUUCUUCCUGAAGCCCAUUCGCUCAUCCGGCAGCUGGCCCGCCGCUGCUCGCAGGUCCGAGCCGGCCUGGAGAGUAAGGAAGAUGAAAAGCUGUCAGCCCUGAACCUCAUGAUUUGUUUGGUUGGCAGGUACUUUGAACAGAGCGACUUGGCCGAUAAUGAAUGAUGGUGAUGUUUCAAGUCAAAAAGACCAGGAAAAGUUCAAGGAAUCCUGUUAUGUAGAGAAGUUGGGAUUGAUACACAGAACUAAUUUUUACGUUUGUCUUUUUAAAUGUUAUUUUUCACUGUUUUCAUGGAAAGUUUCAGGUAAAAAACAAUUAUAAAAUGUCAAAUAUAUUUUCAGAAAACUAUGUAAUA